AUGGAAACAGCAAGAGCGGGGUGGAGCGGAGCUGAGCGGAUAUUCAUAGAAACGCAGCCGAGCGAGGCGAAGCGGUGCGGAGGACAACGGGGUGCAGAGCGGAGGACAGCGGAGCGGGGCGGUGCGGAGCUGGGCGGUGCGGUGCGGAGCGGGACGGUGCUAGCUGGUUUCUGGGAUAAAGGUACGACCACACCUGGUCCGUACAGGACUGAUACGGUGAUGAGGUCCAGCUUCUUCCGCUGGCAGACGGUGGAGUUUGAGAAUUUCCAGUUCUGGAGAUGGGGCAUCGAUUGGGUGGACAAUGCCAAUAGGAGACGACUUUGCGUCGUGGCUGGGCUGUCAAUAGAUCUUCUACCGCUAUCCACGGGGGCAAUCCUCAACCGACGGAUGGUGCUGACCGCCGCCAACCACCUGGAGCCCUACAUGCAAUACCGACAGAGAGACGUCAGGAUCUGGGCCCAGGGCAGGCUGGGGCUGCACAACUCGCCCUUCAGAUAUAGGGUCUGGCGUAUCUUCAGGAUACUUCCAAGAAGCAACAACCCUGAACACCAGCACGGCCCUCGAGGACAGCACUGCCCAAGGCACGACGUCGCGCUCGUCAUCUCUCAAGAUCAGAUAUACAUCACCACAGGCCUGUCCUACCGAUGGAUGUAUGCCUACCGGGCGACGCUAACAGACCCGCAUAGGGUGCUUGAAGACGAUUUGGCCUUCGCUGGCUCUGGAUACGAAUACCUUUUACAUAUCUACGAAAACUACAAAAUCUUUUACGCCGUCGUCAAGAGAGCUGACAUCGUGGAUUGCUCGAAAUACCUGCCCAAAUGGUGGGGGAAGUUCAUCUGUAUCAAGAACACCUACGGCUUCCCUGGGCUGCAGAACGGGGGACCGCUCUUGGACGGUUACACUCUGGUUGGACUUGGUUGCUUUGAGAUCCGUUAUAAUGAGGAUAGGCUCUUCGUCUUCACAGAUCUGAGGUAUUACGUCCAUUUGAUCCACAAAUAUGCUGAUAUUCAGCCUGGAGAGUAUUAUGAGUACGCGUACCCUCAGUGGGGAGUCAGCUUCGGUUGGUUCUACGACGGGUAUGCCAACAACCGCGUCAUACAAACUUUCCAAGUUAAGGACGACUUGUAUCCUCUGGGGAAAUAG